AUGUCUCGCCCGGAAGGUAAAAAUGGCCUCGGUGUCCUCUCAAUUCCUGGGGUUCAUAACACGCUCGGUAUCAUUCCCGGCAUAAUAUGCAUUUGUGCUAUUUCAGCGAUCACUACAUGGUCUAAUUAUGUCAUCGGUCAAUUUAAGCUAAAACAUCGCAACGUAUACGGCAUCGACGAUGCGGGUGGGUUAAUGUUUGGACGAAUCGGCCGCGAGGUUUUUGGUGCCGGUAUCUGCAUCUACUGGGUAUUUUGCUCGGGCUCUGGCAUGCUGAGCACUUCUAUCGGACUCAACGCAGUGUCACUCCACAAUGCAUGCACUGCUGUUUUCGUCGUCGUUGCCGCCAUAGCGUCAUUUGGCCUGGCCAGUAUUCGCACACUCGGCAUGACAUGGGUCGCGUGGACUGGUCUUGUAUCUGUAUUUAUCGCAGUUCUUAUGGUCACUAUUGCCGUAGGGAUUCAAGACCGUCCUUCUUCUGCACCUCAAACUGGCCCUUGGGAGUCUGAUUUCAAACUACUUGGAAGACCUUCGUUCACGAAAGCUAUUUCAGCCGUAUCAUCUAUUGUCUUUGCAUUUGCUGGUACCCCAGGCUUCUUUCCAAUUGCCGCGGAAAUGCGUGACCCAAGGUAUUAUACUCGGGCCCUGCUUAUUUGUCAGUCUAUCGUAACGGCAACAUACAUAUCAGUUGGAACCGUAGUAUACUAUUAUUGCGGUUCUUUUGUUGCCUCUCCUGCUCUUGGAUCUGCGGGCGUGCUAGUUAAGAGGCUUGCUUAUGGUAUCGCUCUGCCAGGCCUGAUCAUCAGCACCAUCGUUGUCAUACACUUUCCUAGCAAGUAUCUCUUCGUUUGUAUUCUUCGUGGGUCAAAGCAUCUCACAUCCAACUCUCUAAUCCACUGGGGUACUUGGCUCGGUUCCACGUUUAGUGUUACCGUGGUCGCAUACCUCGUCGCCAGCGGUAUCCCGAUUUUCAAUGGUCUAGUAUCUCUUAUCGGUGCAUUGCUCGCCACGCUGAUGUCAUUUCAGCCGAUGGGCUGCAUGUGGCUAUAUGAUAACUGGUCUGCUGGUCGACACGCACCAACCCUUAAGUGGUGCUUGAUGGUUUGUUGGAGUAUCUUUGUUAUUAUAUCAGGAAUAUUUCUGAUGAUCGCGGGUACAUAUAGGUCUAUCGCGGGUAUUAUCCAGAUUAACAAGGAGUCCGGUGGAUCGUCAGCUUGGUCAUGCGCCGACAACUCGAACUCUUCAUGAACAGCCUUUCAUAGACAAGGACAAGACGGAACAUCUGACGACGUAUCAAAAUUAACAAACUCUAUUUCACCUGCUUGGAGCUCGAUGGUGGGUGUUACGGAAACGCAAGCCCUAACCUCCCUGACCAGCAUUGCGCCACUGGGGAGGAUGAUGCUGGUAUGCGCGAGGAUAACUCCAAAAUUUCGAGAGAGCACUCCCCUUAGGUGCAUCAUUGCAACCAUUGUUGCCUUCCAUACCGAAGUCUUUAUGAGCAUUUGCGGCGAGAGUAACACGCACA